UUUGUUUAUAUGUUAAAAACAGAUUUGCUCAGUAAGUUAGGAAAGAUGUAUUUUCCAAACAGUUUUAAUUUUAUGCCAUACCAUAUAUUUUUAGUUCUAUUAAGUAAAAAUGGCAAACGUUGAACCACUAGUUAGUGCUGAAUGGCUUAACGAAGAAAUGAAGAAAAGUGACUGGAAGGAUAAGUACAUACUAUUAGAUGCAACAUGGGAUUUGCCAAUGUCAAAGCGAGAUUUUAUAACAGAGCACAAAACAUGCCGCAUUCCUAGUGCAAGAUACUUCUCUCUACAAGAAUGUCGAAACAAAGAAGUCUCACUGCCCAACACAAUGCCUUCUCCUGUUCAAUUUGAAAAUUAUGUUUCCAGUUUUAAUGUUUCCUCAGAUCACCAUGUCAUUUUGUAUGAUAACAGUGAACGUUUUGGUCUGUUUUCAGCACCAAGAGUUUGGUGGUUAUUUCAAUUAUUUGGACACACCAAAAUUUCGAUUUUGGAUGGUGGUUUGCCAAGAUGGAAGAUAUUAGGAUACUCAACAGCUAGUGGGAAUUACUCUGAAGAAGAAAACGUUCCAGCAGCAAAGUCGACUUUUAAAGCAAAUUUUCAACCCCAACUUGUAAAAGACCUUGCAUUUAUGAAAGAAAAUAUUAAAAAAGACUCCCCAACUCAAGUAAUGGAUGCAAGACCAAAUGGCCGAUUUAUUGGUGUAGCACCUGAACCUAAUCCGAAAAUACCAAGUGGUCACAUGCCAAAAGCUGUCAAUUUGCCAUUCUUCGAUUGUUUUGAUCGUGAGAAUAAUGUUAUGCUGUCACCUGAGGCUAUUGAGAAGUAUGUAAAAAGUUGUGGUGUGCAGCUUGAUAAAGAUGUGGUUGCAACUUGUGGAGGUGGGGUUACAGCCUGUGUUUUGAGCUUUGCUAGUUUUCGUGUUACGGGAAAAGUUGUGCCUGUGUUUGAUGGCUCUUGGUUUGAAUGGCAAUUGAAUACCCCAAAUGAAUUGCAAAUUCGAGAAGAAAAGAAGGAAUGAUUUUUUUGAUAGCCAAUGAAAUAAAACAUGUGAUGUUAUAAUUAUUCAUUUUAAUUUAUUUUUGUUAUUGUUGUUGUUAUUUUUUGGAAUGCUGGUAGUUGUGUGAGGUCAUUAAAUGUAUAACGUUCAGAUCAAUUAAAUUUCAUGAAAAAUCUUUUGAAGUGUAGUCAAUCAUAUUUUAAGUAAAAAGAAAAAAAUUUCUUCAAAUAAUUCUUCAUUUAAAGAGUAAAUUUUUAUAGCCAGUAAACAUAGACUAUUAAUUUCCAGUGACUUUUUUUAACUACCGUAAUUAACCUAAUUUAAUGCGCCCAAAAAAAUAAGUUCAGACGAACAUUAUUUAGAAUAGAAGCUAAUGAUAGUGGCUGCAACUUGUUAAUCAUCCAUAAGUUUUUUUUCGGUCAAAUACACUACUCAUAUUUUUUUCUGAAAGAAUUCAUUAUUUACAUUUAAGGAUCACUAUAAAGUGCAUACUAAAUUUGGUACGUUGAAAAUUAUCUCUGAAUAGGAGGAUAAGCGUUUAAUUAUUAGAGUAAUACAGUACUUUCAUUCAGGUGCACACGAAGUUUUGGGGCGGACUAAAUUAGGAUAAUGACAGUAUUCACGGGUGCUCAAUACAAUGGGAAAGGGACAAAAUUUUUGGAGCACUGGGGUCAAGUCAUAACCUCUCCCUUCCACAAGCACCUAAGGACUUUACGUGAACUAGUUAUUCCUUUGCACUGAUGUAAUAUUUAAUUUUUUGUAUUUUAAUAUUUAAUUUAGAAUAAAAAUUUGCAUUGAAAAGCA